AUGAGCAACGGCACCUUCAUUGAUCCGGGACAGGGCAUCACCGGCGGCCUCGCCGAUGGUCCAUGGGGGAUCAAAACCGCUCUCGCGACUCUCGCCGCCGUCGCUUGGUAUAACGCUCUCGAACUCAUAGUUCUCGUCUUCGUUACCUUUCGUGAGUACCAUGGUCUUUACUUUUGGAGUCUUUUGGUAUCUGCGUCGGUCGGGCUCGUGCCCUAUUCCUUGGGCUUUCUGCUCAAAUUCUUUGAGAUCUGGUCUGCUUGGCUGUCUGCCUCGUUGAUUACCGUCGGUUGGUACUGCAUGGUCACCGGACAGUCCGUUGUCCUCUAUUCUCGUCUACACCUCGUCAUGCGCAACCAGCGUAUCCUCCGUCGUGUCCUAAUCAUGAUCUGCGUCAACGCAGUCAUCCUGCACAUCCCGACUACCGUCCUAACCUACGGCUCCAACAUUGCACCCAAGGGAGACCAACAUCCCUACAUGCUCGGCUACACCGCCAUGGAGAAAAUCCAAAUGACCGGCUUCUGCAUCCAGGAAUUCAUCAUCUCGGGGCUCUACAUUUGGGAAACAACCAAGCUGCUGCGCCUCGAUCCAGACCGCAGCAAGCACAAGAUCAUGUACCAGCUCAUCAUCAUCAACCUCAUCAUAAUCCUCAUGGACCUGGGCCUGCUCAUCGUCGAAUAUAUCGGGCUGUACAUCAUGGAAACAAUGAUCAAAGGCGUGGUCUACAGCAUAAAACUAAAACUCGAGUUCGCAGUGCUCGGAAAAUUAGUCCGUCUCGUCCACUGCCAUAUCUGGAAAUCAGAUUCUGUGAUCCUGCGCUACCACGACCAUCCAAAUUUGCAUCGCCAUACGCCGGCCAGACACUAUCUGCCGGACUUUGUCGAUGCAACCCGCGUCACGACGGAUCUCACCCACGCCCCAACUGUCACGACUACCGCUACCGCAUCGACCGUCAAAACUCGAAGACCAAGUACCCUCCCGCCAGCCGUCGCCGCGCGUCGUCGCUCGGUGCCAGGGAUGGACUACGACGCUAUAUCGAUCGCCAUGUUUGAGCAUUCGCCUCCGUCACGGGUCCAUUCUCAUUCUUCUCAUUCUGAUAUCGCCCCAGAUGAUCUGGAAGCUCAUAGUUGCCAUCACCAUAAUCGCAGCAUUCAGACACACGACCACGAUCUGGACGCCAGCCCCUCCGAGUUCUCAAAAUGGAGCGGCGAUACCCGCACCGUCACGAAUAACAGUGCCACGACGACGACCUUUCCGGCUGAUUUUACAGAGUCGUUGGAUAAGCAGUGUUCUUCAUGGCCGUGUGAUCGGUCUUGA